CCAAAAUCGAAAUAUUGUUGCAAACGUGAAACGACUGUUAUUUUUGAUUCGCCAAAGCAAAUCAUGUACAUUAUGCAACUAUUAUGUAAAAAAAAUCUGUUAAUAAAGUACAAUUAUAACCAUUUUUUGUAGUUGGUAUGAUAGCUAAUAAUAAUGAUAACCCCUACUUUUCACAUAGUCUCAAAAAUGUCAUCUGUUUUAUUUCUAAUUUCAUGGAAAUGUAAUCAUCAGUCAGGCAACCCUGAAAACCAAAUUGAUAAGCUUUUAAUUAAUAUAUUUUUUAUUUAAGGAACUGUUUUUACUAAUUUAGACCAAUAUUUUAAAUUAAGUGGUCACCAAAAUUUUCAUUAUUUGUACAAUGGACGAAAAACAAAGGAAUGAUACACAUUAAAAAAUGAUUGUUUGUUAUAUAUUAGUAAAUACUUGAAUCUGAAAUGUAUAAAGUAGCAGGAUCAAACUUAUUCCAUCAGUGGCGACAAGAAGAUAUAAUUUUUGACAAAUUUACACCAAUAUGUAAAAAUGGACAACCUCAUACAGCAGAAGUGCUAUGUAUAUGUUGGUCUUACAAUUUGUUUCGUGCAGGUGACAGUUUGUAUAUAUCCGGAGCAUUUCAAAGUAAAGACAAUCAAUAUAGAGAAAUCCCUAUUCCAGAAAAAUUAAAGAAUACUUGCAUACUAAUGAGUGGAAACGAUUACAACUUAAUUUUAGUUGGAACUGGCUCAAGUAUUGUAUUCAUUUAUAAUAUGAAAACACAUCAGUAUAAAAGUAUUAAAUUUAUUGAAGCUGUGAAUGUUGAUGUACAGCUAAUAAAGGUUGUAAUGACAAAUAAUAAUUGUAUCUACCUAUCAAGUCAAGGAGAUAUUUAUUGUGGGAUAUUACCCAUACACUUGAACACUGGGCAGUGCAAUGGAAAAAUUGUAGAUGUUGUAUUGGGAAAUGAACAUGGAAUUCUACUUACAGAUACUGGUCAAAUUUAUACUUGGGGUAAUGGACGGAGGCUACAAUUAGGACAUGGUGAAUUGAAUAAUUUAGAGUUUCCAACAGAAGUCAAAGCACUAGCUGGUAUAAAGAUUAUUAAAAUAAGUGCAGGAGGUUGGCACUCUUGUGCUUUGAGUGAAUUUGGAGACUUGUAUGUGUGGGGAUGGAAUGAUAUGGGCCAAUUGGGAGUCAAACAAGGAUCUGAAAACUUACAAAGUUUUGGUUUACCCACUUUGGUUGAUAUUUAUGAUGACAAUGGUCAAGAAAUACAAAUAAAUGUUAUUGAUGUAGCUUGUGGUACCCGACAUACUGCUAUUUUAUUAGAAGAUAAAUCAAUAUGGACAAGUGGAAAUAAUAAAUAUGGACAGCUAGGUUUAUGCAUACAAGAAUAUCAAAAAGUGGUAUAUUUUAAGAAAUCAUAUAAAAGUAAAACAGACUGUAAACUGAAAUGUGGUCCAUGGAGUACCAUUAUUAUGGCUAGCUUAUAGCUGUUGUUAUUUUUUUAAAUAAGUACAAUAAACUGAAAAAUGUAUAUGUA